AUGGCGGCUAUGCGAGGACCGCGCAUUCCAACUGGCUCAGCGGCCUGGGUUGCGGAUGAGCGCGCCUCUGCCCUCCAGAUUGUUGACACCGAGGUUGAUGAGUUUACAUACGCUGCACACAAUGAGUUCGCGUGGCUCAACGAGCACAUGGCUGGCAUCUUUAGCGAGAAUGAAACAAACAUUGCCGAAACAUUUAAAACACCUGGAAAGCUUCGAGGCAAGACGCCCCGAACUACACGGAAGUUGAUACCGACGGAGCCAAGAGUGCCCUUGUCCAAUGUUUUUGGAGGCACACCGUCAAGUUCAGCGAACCGUUUCGCGCAGCAUCUCCAUGCCCAAUCACCCCAAAGGGAGCUGUUAAAUCAAGUCAAGUCUUCUUCGCCUCGCCGCCACGCCCCAUCACCGAUACCAACGCAAGCCACCUCUGUUGAACCGAGUUCAGAUGUGCCAGAGCAUGAUGCGAUCGACUCCGAAGCUAUUCACUCAGACCAUGACGUUCCUAUGACUGCUGAAGAGGGCACCGAGGCUCCUCAAGAAACAAAAUCACAACCCCAAACACAGGGUGACUCUGGGUAUUUUGGAAGCCAGGAUGUCAACCCCACGCAAUUUGAUCCUGCUACAGACGAUGAGGCAUCGCUUAUUGACCCUACCGCUUUCGACGAGGCCAUUGCGUUCCCCCAAUCGAGCCCUGCACGAAUCUCUCCUGCCAAGCAGCUCACGAAGUCUUCGUCUCUCGCCAGAGUUCAACAAGUUGUAACCGAUGUUGACAUGGAAGAGGCUGCAACUGAUCCUCAGGAACCGGACAAUGCUUCCCCUGGCGAUGCACAGUCUCAGUCUGACGGCUCCAGCCCAGUUCGUCCCGGUUUCCGCAAUAGCCUCCAGUUCCCCUCUCUUCCUGCUCGAGAGCCCUUGACAGCAGGCAAGAAUGGUGGUGCCAGGGUGUCUCGAACAAGUCAUGUUGAUCCUAAGAGGACCAGUUACUUUGGAAGAAGCACAAGAGGAAAGAGCCUCGCCAGCCGUACUGAACAAGAAGCAUCAGAUGAAUCGGAUCAGGAUGGGAUGGAUGUCGACCAUUUCCCAACAGUGCCGCCCCCAAAGAACGCCGAUGACCUUGCCUUGCAUCACAAUAAGACAUACACCCAGAUGCUGCAAGACAAAAUCAGUGUGUUAGGGAAGUCUCAACCGAACGGAAGUCGACCCUCGAAGUCGAUUCACAGUGUUACCAACUCCCAGCAAUUGCAAACAGUUUCUCAAUCAGUCACUGAAUCCAAGUCGCCGUCGCCCCCAUCACCCAAGAAACAUGAAUUCACGACAACUCCAGGUGCUUUCCCUGAAGACGAUGACGAUGAUUGGAUUGUCCCCCCAGCUAGCCAGCAACAGGUUGCCGCUCCCACUCCCACUAGGCCGUCUCUGUCUAAGAGCCGAACUGCUGAUGUGAUGGAAGGAAUACAUGGAAAGCAGACCCUCGGAUCGUUUGAUUUGGAUGAAGAUCGUGCUCAUAUCCGAUCACCUGUCCGCUUCAACUCACAGUCGGAAAGACCCAGCUACCUCGGUCAUUCAAAAUCUGUAUCCGUACCAGCCGUUCCGCUGGCUACAGCUCCCGAACAAGAGGGAAGCCCUUUGAAAAAGACGAUAUCGGCCUCAAGCCAUACUGAAAGGCCCGCCACUGCUGUCGAAGCUGCUUCAUCUUCGUCCCCUUCAAAGUCGCCCUCAAGAUUGUUCCGCGACAGUCCUCUGAAGCACCUAAAAAAUAAGAUGUCAUCUAUUCUCAGUACUUCGAAGGGACUGAUUGCAAGCAGUGCUGCGUUGAGCGCAGAAGGCAAAUCAUCCUUACUGUCUCCAUCACGAGUACAGCUUGGACUUUACCCUGGCCAAUCUUCUGAGUCUAUUGCUCCUAAGUCAAGCAUGGAAUCUUUCAGAAGUGGCACCACUGCGACUGACCAGCAGUCGACCAUGUCCCGACCAGUUGCUAAGCGGACAAGAGCUUCAGUGGAACGUGAGAAGGAAGAAAAGCGUCGGGAGAAAGAAGCCAGAGUCCAGGCCGACCAAUUUGAAAAGCUAGAGAAGGAGCGAGAGAAGGAAAGGGAAAAGGCCCGAGUAUUUAGCAAGGAACAAGAGAAGCUUGCUACUAUGGAGAAGCAGGUUGCUGCCAGGAAGGAGGUUGAAACACCCGCUCCCAAGCAUGCAUCUGCUCCCACCCGAACUAGCCCCCGAAAAGCCAAGGAACAGGAAGAUACAGAGCCAAAGGUCAUUGAUCAAGAUGAUGACAUGGCUGAUGCUCCCAUCGUGGCUCCUCCUUCGGCUCACCGACCUACUGCACCCAACACACUAUCUCGCCCCAAGGAGAUUAGACGAAUUGCCAAACCAGCUCGGGAAACCACUACAAAGACAAAGGCAGCGCCCACCGUUCAUAUCAAGGUCAAUACUGGUUCCCAGUUAUACCCUGGUAAUCCUUCGACCAAUGGAUUCCAGGAUCUCGGCACCUCGAUAAACACACAGCCUCAACAGAGUGUUAGUAAGGCGAGCAAGGCUUCGACGCAGCCCAAGCCGUCGGUUUCAAAUUUCGGUGCUUCAACCGGGUCAAACGGUCGCCCUAGAACUCUUGAUAUGGCUUCACAAAAGAAGGCACAGGACGAAGCACAACGUCGACGUGAUGCAAAGGCCAAGAUGGAACGAGAGCGGGCUACAAAGGACGAAAAGAGGAAGCAGGAGCUUCUUCGCCGUCAAGAAGAAGAACGCCAGAAGCGUGAUCAAACUGAUGCCAAGAAGAAUGCUCAGCGGCAGGCGAUUAUUGAGAAGGCCAAGAAGACCCCGGCUCCGCCUCCGGCUGUUCGAUCACAGCCAAAUGGUCCUCCCGAUUACAAUCUACAACAGGACAAAACUGCUUCGGUGCAGCGAGGGGAUGGCCCACCUCGACCUCAAUCCCGCAUGAAUUCCGGCAUCUACAGGUCUCAGGAUGAAAUGGGACGCCCUGUCAACACCCUUCUGACGACUGGGUCAAAGUCUGGACCCAAGAGGCUACUUGGCCAGAAUGGCAAUGACGAUGGACCUGCAAGGCCCCCGCCAUCUCGCGGUCCUCAGUACCAAGCUAAAGAUGCAAAGCGUCGCCGAACAAGCGAUGAUUUUGCCGAUGAGCUAGAUACUGAACAACUUCCUAACAUCAAGGGACCUCCAGUUCGCCCAUCUAGCGCCCUUAAGAGGGACCUGCAAGCGAAGACAUUGACCAGCGGUUAUGUUUCUCAAACUAGUGCACAAAAUCUUUUCAAGACUACUAUCGCUCAGAGUCAUAUGAAAGGCGGCAACCCUAUGGAUAUGGCGCAGAUUCACAAGGGGACUAUUCCGUUUGCUCCCAACCCCAACCCUGCAGGACCGUCUUUCAAGACACCGGGUCGUCCUGGUCCCGUGGGUGGGAUGAAGUCGGCUGCCAAGUCUGUCCAAAGAUCAUCACCACGAUUCCAGAACGGCGAGGCCAUUGAGCUCCCAGAGAUCCAGACAGAUGAUGAGGAUGAAGACGAUGAUGAACCACAGGCUGGCACGAUUGCAGCAUGGGCUAACUCCCCUUUCCUUACCCAGACCCUGUACAAACAGGAAGGGUUAGAUCCUGCCUCGAUUUUCGGACCCCCUAUGCCGCUGAACAUGGAGGAAGUGUUCGACAAGAGCAAAGACAGGCAUCACAAGUUCCGUGCCCGAACUUCAAGCGCUAAUUGGAGCGGUAACGACCGUCUUACUGAGGACGACAUCCGCAAGGAUCUCGCUGCCAGAGACAAGCUCAGACGAGAGGGAGGUUGGUCGUACGAACUGAGCAAAGAAAUGAUGUAA